AUGUCGUACCCGAUUCUUCAAGCAAACCUACCUCCGGCGACGCCGCAGAAACCCCUACCCGGAGCUUAUCUGCAAACGCCAGCUGUGCUUCGCAAUGGUCCCAGGUCUCCUCCACAGCAGCAGCAGCCGCCACAGGUCCUUCGAAGCCCGCCCCAGAUUAAGCUUCCCCCCAUCGCCGCGACACAAAAUCGGGACCUGAGCGUACAAGAGCGAGGAGCGCGCACCAUCAAUGAGUUUCUCUAUCAAGAGUCGCGGUACCCAGAUCUGGAUAGCUAUUUAUCACAGGGAUUCUCGUCUGAAUAUGACAUCCCCACGUCCCCGUCAUGGGCACCUUUCCAAAAAGUCAAAAUGUACAACAUCCCGGACCAGAUCUUUGACCAAUACAAUCGCGCCCAGGUGUCGACAAGCAUGGGACUUUUUGCUGAAUUGAACCACGCGUGGGUGGCUAUCGACAACGCGCUCUACUUGUGGGAUUUCACACACCCGAACCCUCAAUUGGUCGGAUUUGAAGAACAGCCAAACAGUAUCAACACCGUCAAACUCGUCAAGCCUCGCGCAGGAGUGUUUUUGCCGGCGAUCACUCAUUUGCUUGUGGUGUCAACGACUGCCGAAUUGAUUUUGUUGGGCAUGGGAGUGGAAAACACUCCGACGGGCGGGCGACAGGUCACCUUGUAUCAGACUGGAAUGGCAGUUCCGAUUCGAGGUUUGGAUAUUCACGUCAUCGCGUCAUUUGACUCGACUGGUCGGAUUUUCUUCGGUGGUUCAUCCGACAACGACGUGUACGAAUUGACAUACCAACAAGAGGAGCGGUGGUUCCAGGGUCGAUGCGGAAAGGUUAAUCACACCAGCUCCCGGCUUGCAGCAUUCACACCAUCGCUGAGCUUGACGAAUUUGGCAAAGGUGGCCAUGGAGAAUAUGGAACAGAUGGUGAUCGACGACAGCCGGAACCUUCUCUACACUUUGUCUUCGGCCUCCACCAUUCGUGUUUUCCACCUGAAACCAGAUGGUUCUCUCUCCCUAGCCAUCACCAAGCAUGCUUUGGACAUUUACUCGAACAUCGGACAUAUCAUUGCAUCUAACGAAACCCUCAACCCUAAAGUGGCAAUUGUCUCUAUCAGUCCCGUCCCUGCCGCGGAGGCCUCUCGCUAUCACCUUGUUGCAACAACUGCCACUGGAUAUCGUAUUUAUCUGAGUGCCACAGGUUCAUAUAGCUGGUCACCUGUGCCGAAUGGCACCAAUGCGCCUACCAGCAUGCAAGCCCAGCACGUCAAGACCCCACCUGUGGACGCCCCUACUGAUUUUGGACUGCCUCACUUCCAGCAGCCUGGUGGCAAGCUUGCGAUUCACACUUUAAAACCGACACGGAUGGCAGCUAGGUUCCCGCCUGGAUAUUUCUUCUGCUUCGCCUCCAAGGAUCAAGCGCAGAAGGCCGAUACUCUAUUCAUUUCAUCCCCGGAUUCUGGUCGAGUUGCCAGGGCCCAGGAUAACGUUUUGACUGGCAAAACAGGCGAGUCCGCCAUUUGGAUGAGCUUAGGCGGCCGAGCAGAGGCCAUCGGUCUUUGCUCCCCGCCUCCACCGAGUUCUUCGGGCUUUGGAAAUGAGCUGGCUAUCCAGUUUGACCACCCUGCCGCCGAGAUUGCUAUCCUGACAAACACAGGCAUCCAUGUCAUCCGACGGCGACGCCUGGUAGACAUCUUCGCCUCUCUGGUCCGUGGGGGUGGUACCGGCGAGGAGGGUCUGGAUGGCGAGGCUAAGAACUUCAUUCGCACAUAUGGCCGACCUGAAGCUCUGGCUACUGCACUUGCUGUGUCUUGUGGACAAGGCGUGGAGAUUUCGUCGGAUCAGCGACUCACUCAGAUCAACGAUCCUGACGUCCUGGAGUUCGCCCGCAAAGUUUUCAUUGGUUACGGUGGCCGCCCCGCGAUAAACGAGAACAUCGUUGCCGAUAGUUCUACCCCUACAAUUGACCUCGUUGAACCCUCCCCGCGACAUGCCGGUAUCGCCUUGUACCUCUCCCGUCUGUUGCGGUCUAUUUGGAAGAAGGAGAUUGUCCAUGUUGGCAAGGGAGCCAAUGGUGCUUUGACUGUCUCUGCUUCAGUGGCUGCCUCUAAAUUGCAAAUUAUCCAGCAGGAUCUCUCAGCCCUUGAGAAAUUCUUCAAGACCAACAAGAGCUUCAUUGAAGGCCUCAGUGGGCCCGAGGCUCUCGCACGAGCGGCCACCAAGCAAGAAGAAACUGCGCUACAAGGCGAGCACCGUGCCUUACACUCCCUUGUUGAGUUGGUCUCGCAUACCAUUGAAGGAAUAUCGUUUGUGCUGGUCCUUUUCGAUGAGCGGGUGGAUGAGAUCGUGGCUACCCUGCCCGAGGAGUCGAAGCAAAAGUUCUUGAAGCUCACUUACGAGGAGCUCUUCAGCACUACCAACGGCAACGAAGUCGCUAAAGAGUUGGUUAAGAGCAUUGUGAACCGCAACAUUGCCAAGGGCUCCAAUGUUGAGACCGUUGCUGAUGCCCUCCGGCGCCGUUGUGGCAGCUUCUGCAGUGCGGAGGAUGUGGUCAUCUUCAAGGCGCAGGAACUCCUCAAGCGGGCCACUGAGGCUGGAGCCAACUCAGAGCUGGGCCGCAACCUUUUGAAUGAGAGCUUGAAUCUGUUCCGGCAGGUGGCUGAUAACCUUCCUAUGGACUAUUUAGUUUCUGCGGUGGAGAACUAUAUUGCAAAUCAAUUCUUCGCUGGUGCGAUUCAACUAGCACUGAAUGUUGCUGCUCGGUGCGACACGGCGAAUCUCGCGAUUUCCUGGAUCAUGGAUGGGCGCCCUGAACAAGACCCACGGAAAACCGUUUAUUUGCACCGCAAGCAAUGCUAUGACCUCGUCUUCAAUGUUAUCCUCGCCGUUGAUACUUUGGCCGAGGCCGAUCCCGGAUUUGUCGAUGGUCAAAUGACGCAGAUUGCCAAGCGCCAGAACGAGGCAUACACUGUCAUUUCCGACUCCAACGACGAGGUGUUUUUAACUAGCCUUUACGAUUGGUACCUGGAGCAGGGGUGGAGUGAUCGACUUCUGCAGACACAGUCUCCAUUUGUGGUCACUUACCUAGACAGGAAGUCUACUGACGAUAUCGCUCAUGCCGAUCUGUUGUGGCGUUACUAUGCACAGUCUCAGCGCUUUUUCGAGGCCGCCAAGGUGCAGUUCCAGCUCGCGCAGAGUGCAUUUACCCUUCCCCUGAGCCGGCGUAUUGAGUACCUGGGUCGGGCCCGGGCCAACGCAUCCACUUUCACACCGGAUGUGGGGCGUCAGUCACGGCAGCGCCUGUUGCAGGAAAUUUCUAAUCUGAUCGAUGUGGCCAAUAUCCAGGACGACCUCCUGCAGCGCCUGAAGGAUGAUGAUCGGAUCGCUAAAGAGCGUAAGAAUGAAGUGCUGCAAGAUGUCGAUGGUCCAGUUAUGGACAUCAGUACGCUUUUCAACCAAUAUGCCGACUCAGCCAGUUAUUAUGACAUCUGUUUGCAGAUUUUUUACCUGGCCGAUUACCGGAAUGCAGCCGACAUCAAGGCCACUUGGCAGCACCUAGUCCAAGAUCUUCACGCCGUCACUGUGGAGCGGGGCUCCCCACAACCCUAUGAAGCUGUUGCUGAGAAGGUUCGGAGCCUUGGCAGUCGGCUCCGGAUGUCGGAGACGGUAUUCCCUGUGCGUGAACUGGUCCCCUUGCUCGAACGCUAUUCGCUCGAGCACCAGCGCCAGGUCGGACCUGAGCAUUGGAUUGUCGAUCUUUUCCUGGAUCUGGGAGUUGCACACGAAUCCAUUUAUGCAGUCUUGGAGGCCAUGUACUACACCGACGAGGCUCCAUUCCAGGGGGCUUACCGCCGAUUCAUCGCCACUGAUCUGCUCUACCUAUUGGAAGGGUGGUUCCACGAGACCAUGCGACUAGGCGGGAUGGUGUUCGGGUCGGAUGUGGUUGCCGAACGCGUUUCAGAGACCCUCUUGUUGCUGCAGCAGGGAGCAGCAGUCAACGGGGCUGAUAUUGUGGAGCAAAGCCGGGACCUUCAGCGAAGGAUUUCGGACCUUCUGAACUAA